GCAAGGCAAGCUUAGGUAUAAUAUUUUUGUGUGCAGAGAAAACAAACCAGGCAUGGACAGGAAAGGCAUUCAAACAAUUGUGGGGCUGAUGACGCUGGUGGUUGCAUUGCUCAAUGUUCCUCCGACGAUGGCUCACUUGCCCCCUGGAACGUGCAUCGACCAUUGCAUGAAAGAGUGCAGAUCAAGCGGCAUUGGUGUUGCAGCCUGCACGAAAUACUGCCCGGUGCAUUGUCUCCCUCCUGACACCUCCACCAAAGAGCAUUACUGUAACCUCGGAUGUAUGCUCGACCAAUGUGCCAAGUUCACUGGUGAUGAGAAGAGGAUGACCAACUGUGUCUUCAAAUGCCGAAAAUUCCACUGCAAGAUCAGUGCCAAGAUUGUAGAGUGAUUGGUCUGUGAAUUGUGAUGAUUAAUGAAAUAGUCUGCAGCAACAUAGACAUUAUUUAGUAUACCUUUGUGAUUCUCUGUGAUGUUUUUGUAUCAAAUAAUGGCUGUAAUAAACCUUCUUCUUGAUCCA